CGCUCCAAAGGCAGCAAGCGGGUCAUAAACGCUAUGAAACCUACAGCUGGACUCGUGUUAUUGCUCUUCACAGUUUCUCAAGGUGUGCGAGGUCCCUGUGAUGCCAGAAGAGAAGGAGCUCUUUGUUAUGGACAGCUGGGACAAGAAAUAAUCCUCCGUUUGAUGGAUAAAACCCCAGCACGUUUUAUCUUGCAGAAAAAAACACAUCAUGUAUUUAAAUGGUUAGGGGAUCCGUCCACAAUACCUAAAAGAUUUAGCUUCAUCUCAAAAGAUGCAACGCUGAAGAUCACAAACCUGGCCAAGAAUGAUAGUGGCCACUAUACUCUUCUAAUCUAUAAUAAAGCAGGAUUUGAACUUGAGAAUCGGAAACUGCAGUUGUUUGUUGAAGCUCCUGUCUCCUCCAUCCAUGUGGUCUUGAGGUGUCAGCCCCAAGGACAGCAGCUGGUGACUUGUUCCUCCACGGGAGGGGACAAUCUUCAGUACAGUUGGUGGCUAAACAAAAACCCACUGCAGCAGAAUGACAUCUUCUCUGGACAUGUAGAGAAAUACAACAUCAGCCUGAAACAAGACAUCUCAGGACGGCUACGCUGCUCUAUUAGAAAUAAUGUCAGUGAAAUGAGUGAAGAGGUUUGUCUACCAUGUGUGUUCAUUAACUGCACCUCGAAUGGGACUGUCAUAAGUCAGUGGUUGCCUGAAAUCAAUCAAACCUUGUGUGACAAUCCCAUCUUGAGAGAGAAGAGCCAUCAAAGUAAGAAUUAUUUGCUUGCAAUGGCUGGCGUUCUCUCAGGAAUGGUCAUCCUCUUAAUCACUGGAUUAGCAGUUUUCUUCAUGCAAAAGAAAAAGAAAAGGGAUACAAAAGAUGAGGAGGAAUUGGUGUACGCUGACGUCAAGAUCGUUACCCAGCAGAGGAGGUCAAUAAAAGCGAGAGAAGAAAUGGAGGUGGAGUACGACCAAGUGAAGUUUUCUGAGCGAGCUCGUCCACCUGUCGUGAUGAACUAUGAUGCAAGUUUUUAUGCCCAAGUCCGCAGAGACAGGUGACCUUUAUUUUUGUAUCAAUAGAGCCCGUGCACGUACGUCAUAAAAUCACGUGAUUUUUGUUUACGUCGCAAUAUUGCUGGUCAAACAAAGCAUUGUUGAAUGUUAAUUCCGUUGAGACGGAACGAAAAUAUGUCUUAUAGUACAACAGCCAGAGUUUUGUCCGAUCCUGUUAAACAUUUAGAAAGGUUUAGGGUUUGAUAAUAAACGAAGGUAGGUGGAAAUAUGAGAGAAACUUGGCAUAGAGGAUCCAUAUUUAAUGCUGAAGUCAACGUUUUCGCCGAUAAGAAAUUUGACUGUUAAGUCGCUUCUGCUUGUGUUGGACAACUGGAUCUACACAUGUAUCUGGUGAGUAAGUCGUCAAGAUUUACACGGAAGAGUUUGAAAGCGUAGAAAAGUCUGGACGCAUACAAAUACUUCGUUGCUGGAUCUCUUCUCAAUCAGGAAUAAAUCCCACAUAGGGGUGGAUCCUCUUAGAUUUUUUCAAUACAAAUACCAAUCUUUAAAUAAAUUACCCUGGUUUUACACAAACUGUCAUUCAUUAACUACGAUUGGGAAAACAUUUUAGGACAGGGAGUCGUCUCCUCCGUACACGGAAGCGUAUUGCUGCCACAUGCAACCAAUCAUAAAGCUCUCCGUGACAGAUGGCUUAUGAUUUUUUUUCAAUACGCAUUCUUCUCAGAUGGUGUUCUUCUUCUCAAAGUUGGUGUUAUAAAUACUUAUUGAUAAUUUGCGAUUGAGAAGCAUAAUUCCGACCUAAAAUGAAGUGAUCACUACACAGGCGCGUGUAUUUCAUUGGGCACCACCCAUUCUGUUUAUUGCCGAAACCCAUUGAUGUUUCCCUGGUCUUUUCAGCUGGUAUUCUAUAGAAUGACCUCUUUGAAGAAAAGUUUAGUCGAUUGUGACAAUCAAGAGACCAAGAGGUCUCGGGGAUUGUGAAAAAUCUGCUACGGUUUAUCGACUCCCGCACUGCAAAGGAGCUUUAUUUGACUGGCAAUAUGGCGUCUUGAAAACGGUGAUGUCACGUGCACGAUCUCUAAAUGUUUUUUGUACACAAGCUCAAGAAUACAUUGCUGAGGUGUUAUAACACCAAAACACCUGUGAAAUAUACUUUUGACUUGAUUUACUGAACUCCUCAGCCAUGAUAAGUGUACUUAAUAAAUACUAGGAGUGCAAGAAAAUGUGACCUUAAGAUGAACAAGUCACCCGUUUCCUUUCUUUAAUGUUUAUCUUUUCUCCUUUUGCAAAGGGAUUAUCAGUGAGAAGAGUUCAUUGAAACAAAUAGUCCUUGAACAAAAGGCAUUCAAACGGCCAAAUUUUAAGUUAAAGGCAAUCUUCAUUUCAUGAAGGUCCAUGGCAAAGUCUUCAUCAGAAUUUCUUCAUCAGAUUUGUUGAUAAAUUGAUAUAUUGUUAAAAUUGUUAUGAACAGAUAAAUUGGCGCUGGGCAUAAAUGGAGUAAUGUAAUCGAGCCUUUGUUGCGGCACGGUACACGUCUCAACCAUGCAUGUAGGUCAUGUGACUCGUGAAAAUGGCAGCACCCCUGAUAAUUUGCAAUUGUCAAUAAAAAUCUUAUUAAAACACUGUUAAGUGAGAGAGGAUCAAAAUAGGGUACAUAUUACAUGACCUAUUGGAUACACUGUUAAUGCAAAGCACUGGAU